GAGUCAUGGAAAACUGGAAUCUUGGGUCCGGUGGCAUUGCACGGCUUGUCUCAAGGGAAACGGGAUUCAGGGUGGUCCCAUUUUAGGAUUGGAGGGUCUUUUCGUCUUUUCUCUAAUGAGCUUAUGCAAUAGAAAUGUUGUGUGGACCGAUGACUCUUUUGUUUUUCAAGUUGCCUUAUCUAAAUCAAACCAAAACUAAAAACUUUCAACCUCUCAAAGAAAUAAAAAACCUUGUUUUGUUGAGAAGAAAAGAGCAAAGCUUCGUAUUCCGACAAAAAUGGCGACUGCGUCUCUCGUCCCGACAUCUAAAAUCUUCCCUGCCUCUCCUAAAUUCUCAGCUUCAGCUAAAACAAGAAGAAGUAGCGUAAUUGUUGUUUCCUCGCAGCAACAACCAAGAAGGCGAGAUUUACUGCUGAAAUCGGCGGUGGCGAUUCCGGCGAUUCUGAAUUUGAAGGAAGCUCCGAUCUCGGAGGCGCGUGAAGUCGACGUCGGAUCGUACUUACCACCUUCUCCAUCUGACCCUUCUUUCGUCCUCUUCAAAGCCAAACCUUCCGAUACUCCUGCUCUCCGCGCAGGAAAUGUGCAGCCCUAUCAGUUUGUUCUACCGCCAAAUUGGAAACAGUUGCGAAUAGCCAACAUUUUGUCAGGUAAUUACUGCCAACCGAAAUGCGCAGAGCCAUGGAUCGAAGUGAAGUUUGAGAACGAGAAGCAAGGCAAAGUUCAAGUAGUCGCAUCUCCUUUGAUCCGCUUAACCAACAAACCAAACGCAACUAUUGAAGAUAUCGGUGAGCCUGAGAAAGUGAUUGCUUCUCUUGGUCCCUUUGUCACCGGAAACUCUUACGACUCUGAUGAGCUUUUGAAGACUUCAGUUGAAAAGAUUGGCGAUCAAACGUAUUAUAAGUACGUGCUGGAGACGCCAUUUGCGCUAACGGGAAGUCACAAUCUUGCAAAAGCGACAGCAAAGGGAAACACGGUGGUUCUGUUUGUGGUUAGUGCUACUGAGAAGCAAUGGCAGAGCUCACAGAAGACUCUUCAAGCCAUUCUUGAUUCUUUUCAGCUGUAAAUCAAAUGUUAUUUGGUAUGACUCUCUGAAUUCAAAAAACUAAGAGCCAAGCGGUUUGUUUGAAGGAAAUCAGGAAUGUGUGUAGUACAAUUUUAACUCGGAUUCCUUUCAACUGUAAUUUCGAGUUGACUCGGAUUGAACAUGAGACAUUGAAUAGA